UUAGUAUUCCGAAAACAAACUCACACAGUGAUAUAUUGAGAUCUUUAGAAUGAUUGAUUCAGUAUGAUAUAAAAAGUUGGACUAUACAGACGAAUUACGCAGUUUAUCCCAGACAAAUGGGUUUAGUGGGAAACACCUUGAACAUUGAUUUUGUGACUUAAAAAAAAAAAGUUUUAAAAACAUUUAAUUACAUUGAAAGUGAAAGAGAUGGAGUGGCUUGAUACAGUGUUCACUGUUUUGGCAGCUUUUGCUGCCUUCUACUUCUAUGUGAAGCAUAAGCAGUCCCAUUGGGAACGGGAGGGAUUGCCUUAUAUCGAGCCAAUGUUUCUUCUUGGAAUAGCAGGAAGUGGACUUAUGGAAGGUAUUCCUUUCAAGGAUCGAGUUCACAGGAAUUACAAGGAACUGAAGAAGAAGGGAAAAUUUGGUGGGUUGUAUAUGUUCACCUCACCAUCAAUUAUGAUUUGCGAUCCUGAUCUUGUGAAGGCUGUCCUUGUAAAGGACUUCCAUCAUUUUGAAGAUCGCGGUUUCUAUGCCAAUGAAAAGGCUGAUCCACUGUCUGCUCAUUUGCUGUCGCUGACAGGGAAUAAAUGGAAAAACCUAAGGGCUAAAUUAACUCCUACCUUUACCAGUGGUCGAAUGAAGUUGAUGUUCCCGAUUAUUAUCGGAAUUUCCCAGGAAUUUGAAAGGACUGUCCGGGAACAAGCUAGUACGGAUAGUACAGUUGAGAUCAAGGAUUUACUGGCUAGGUUCACUACUGAUGUCAUUGGGAACUGUGCUUUCGGACUGGAGUGCAAUAGCCUUAAGGAUCCAAAUACAGAGUUCCGGCAGUAUGGGAUCCUGGCCUUCAAGAGAACCAUCCUCGAAGGCAUGAAGCAACUAUUCUUACUGACGUUCCCAAAAGUCGGCAGAUUCUUCAAUAUGUCCUUCAACGAUCCCAAAGUUGCAUCCUUUUACAUGAAGGUCGUCCGAGAGACCGUAGCCUACAGGGAACAGAAUAGCGUACAGAGGAAUGAUUUUAUGAACUUACUAAUUGAUUUGAAGAACAAUGCACAAGACAGUGAGAAAUUGACAUUUAACGAAUUGGCUGCUCAAGCAUUUAUAUUCUUCCUGGCUGGCUUUGAGACAUCAUCUACAACCAUGAUGUACUGUCUGUACGAAUUGGCACUCAAUCCUGAUAUCCAAGAGAAGACGAGAGAACACAUCAAUCAUGUUUUGCAGCAGCAUAACAAUGAGUUCACUUAUGAAGCUAUGAUGGAUAUGACGUACUUGGAACAAGUAGUCAAUGAAACCCUACGAAAAUAUCCCGUUCUGGCCAGUCUUCUGAGGAUUUGCACAGAAGAAUAUAAAAUGCCCAAUAGCAAUGUCACAAUAAAACCUGGUAUGAGGACCUUCAUCCCAAUCUACGGUUUUCAUCAUGACCCACAAUACUACCCCAAUCCAGACAAAUUCGAUCCCGACAGAUUCACCAAAGAAGCUUUAGCUGCACGUCCACAGUACUCCUUCAUUCCCUUCGGCGAAGGACCAAGGGUGUGCAUUGGUCAACGUUUUGCCAUGAUGCAAGUGAGAGUUGGUCUGGUGGCUCUCCUGAGAACCCUCAAGUUCUCACCAUGUGCCAAAACCGAAAUUCCCAUCAAAGGCUUCUCCCUCACCCUACCUUUUUUGAUCCUGGAAAAAGGUAUUCACUUAAAAGUGGAAAAAUUUUAAUUGCAUCGAGCAGCAAGAUUCUGUUUACCUGAAACUUUUUCCUGGAAAAUCAAUAAAUGCCAUUAUUUGUA